GCAGAACGUAUAGAAUAAAUGAUUUUGUUGAGCAGUUUAGCUUGUUUCGGGAUUGUGUCACGGAGGCGACGAAGAAUUCGCGCAUUCUAAGUUUUCGAUUGACUGGCGCUGGAGGUAACUCGCUACAGCCAUUUUAGAGUGUGCAAAUUUUUCGUUACCGAGAUAAUUUGUUGUUCUAGGUGUAGUUUGUUGCGUUCAGCUCUAGAACAACCACAAGUGGCAUUCAUAUUGUAAAAGAAUAAAGCCUAGUAAGGGAGGAAUACGAUUUUCUUUCAUCCCCAUCAACCCUUUACAACUUGGCGCCCAACGUGGGGCUAGGCUUCUUCACAAAAUGCCACUGCAACAUUCACCGCAACAAAAAGAAGAUCAGAAAGGCGGAUAUAAUUUGAGAAAUCGUUCUAAAAGUUUCAACAAUAUUUUGGAGGAAAAUCGGACAGGGGCUGUGAAGAAAACAAGGGUAGUAUCAUCGAGGAGCGACGUAAGUCCAGAGAACACAUUGGAGCGAGAGAGAGGUAAUUCUUCUCCAUAUGCAAGACAAAGAAGGAACAUGCCAUUUUUGUCUGAGACUCACACAGUGGGUGACGAAGUUGAUAAAUUAGACGAUAAGAUUCCAAGACAAAAUUAUGAUGCGGAUUUAUCUCUCGCAUAUGUGUGUGAUGCUGAUAAAAACCAAUAUAAACAAAUAUCGCAACCGAUGGGUAUUGCGGAAGAUUUUAAUUUUCAGAAGAGAUUGUCCACAUAUGAUGCGCGAGAUAGGUCAGUAAAUAAUGAAUUGUUUAUUCAGGAUAGUAAAAUAAGACAUAAUGAAAUGAAAACUUCGAAUCCGAAUGAGAGAACAGUUAUGGAUAUGGAUGAAAUAUUCAAUUACACACUUUAUAAUGUACCUAAGGUUUCUUCACAGGGUCAAUCAUUUAAUAAUUUAGUCAAUGAUAGUAAAAAAAAUCACAAUCGAAUGAUGAAAGAUUCUUAUAGUCAAUCACCAAAUGGAAAAGAUCAAUAUAAAAAUAAUGUACAAAAUAUAGUAAAACAAGGAGACAAUUUAGAACAUUUAUUAAAGCAGGUCAUAUCGACAAUGAAUCAAAUUAAUUUAAAUGUCAAUAGAGAUAAUCAACAAGAUGUUUAUAAUAUUCCACGUAAUAAUGUGAACAAUUUUGAGGCAAGCAAAAAACUGCCAGUUUUUGAUGACACAGGGACUCUCCACCCUAUGGAAUUUCUUGAAGUUUUAGAGUAUGCAAUGAUAUCAGAAAAUAUACCGUUUGAGACUUUCAAAUUUAUCAUCAGAAAUCAAUUCAGGGGUGCAGCAUCUUUGUGGUCACAAGCUUUUCUUCAUACUUUCGCGGAUUUUGAGUCUUUCAAAGUAGCUUUUAAGGACCAGUUUUGGUCAGAAACGAAACAAGUACAAGUAAAAAUAGACCUUCAGUCGCGAUGUUAUAGGGAAGGUCAAAGUUCAUUAGUAAACUAUUUUAUGAAAAAUGUAGCUAUGGCUAGAUAUUUGAACCCACCUUAUAGUGAAUCACUGCUCAUUAAAACGAUAGCAAGGCACUUUCCGCCUAAUAUUUCAGCAACUCUGAUGGGUGCACAAUGUUUAGCUGAAGCUAUGGAACGUUUAAGACAGGCGGAUUAUUAUAUGAACCAUAUCUCGAAUACGAAUAAGAGUUCGUUUGUUUCUAAUGCUGGUCAUUUUCAAGGUCUUCAAAAGGAUAAUAGAGUAGCUUUCCGGAGAGAUAACUAUGAUUCAAAAAACAAGAGAAUCUCAUUCAUGACCACUGAGGCUGUGGACGAAACACAGGCUUCGGAAAACGAGGAAUUGCCUCUCGUUUAG